ACACAGAGGGAGAUACAGAGAAAGAGAGAUACAGAGAGAGAGAUGCAGAGAGAGAGAUACAGAGAUAUACAUAGAGAGCGCGCUCGAGCUCUGAACCAGGAUUUUACCCACAGUGUCAGGCUUAACGCGCGCGCGCGCCACUAGUAAGAGGAAGGGGAGGCGUGGGGAAUCGCGAGCUCGGCGGCUCGAGCGCUGCGCGCGCAGCUCGACUGUCACACGGCUCCGUGCUCCUUCUUCAUUUCGGUGGCGUCGGGGGAAGAGAUAAAGAGGCGAGCGCUCGCAUGUCAGCUCUUCUGUGGGAAGAAAAAAAAAUACGACUCGUGUAUUUACCGUCCAGUCGCGCUUGGUUUCGGAAUAACGACACCCUAAACGUCGACGAUUUCAUGGGUCUACGGGGAGAAAACGGAGCGAGCGGUGACGGAAAAAUCCAGAAAUAAUGCGUGAUUAAACGCCAGCUGAGGCUUGACAUCUCCUUCUUCAUUUGCGUCGAGUUUAUUCGAAGGGUUGGUUCCCAGAAUGCUCUCUGAAAUAUGAAAAAAAUUGGUAUGACGUUUUAGGCCUACAGUACCUGAAGGAGGCUGAACUCAAAAAAGAGGUGAUGGAGCACCCGUACAAGGACUCGGUCCCAGUAGACAUGGCAAAUCCUCAGGAAGUCUGCAACAGCACUGUGGGUGGGGUUGACAGCAUUGGCAAACUCGAGAGCGAGACCAGUCCAGUAAUCCCCAAUGAGACAUGGAAUGUCAGUUCUCCUACCAUCUCCAAGAGGUCUGUCUCUCCUCUGUUGACGAUUCAGGCAGCUCCUGUUGUUGCUCCCAAUACAGAAUCUACUGGAGGGGUUGCUCUUAAGGUUGCAACCACAGUUCUUCAGCCCAUCUGCUUGGGCGAGAGUCCAGUUGUGCUACCCAUCUUAGCAGGCACAGCAGCUGCUCAAGUUGGGCAGACUGGUACUACGCCAUACCUAAUGACCAGCCAAGGUCCCCUGUCACUACCACUGGUUUUAGAGCAGCAGGUGCUGCAGCACCUGAACCCACAGCUCCUCCAGCAGACCGCCACUUGCCCAGCGCUCUCGCUACAGAACAACAUGCUGUGCCAGAACCCUUCAGUCGCUCUUGGACCUCCCCCAUCUCUGGACCCGAAAGGUGGUAGUCCAGUCCUGGAUGCAAGUCUGCUUACCCUUCUCCAGAACCCAAAUUUUGCUGCCAUCUUGCAGGAUCUUUUUCCUGGCCAAGGUAAUACCUCUCCUACAUGUCAUCCAGCAACUUCCCCACAGGCAGACCCUUUCUCAUCUGCCUUUCUCCCCCCUCCACCACUUUCACACCCAUAUAGCUCUCCACUUGCCCCAUUAGUGCCUCCAGCCACUUUGCUUGUCCCUUAUCCAGUUGUCAUUCCCCUGCCGGUUCCACUUCCAAUCCCAAUUCCCAUUCCAGUCCCAGUCUCAACUUGUAAGGACACCAAGUUUGACAGUGAACGCUCUAAACCUGCUUGCACUUCAAGUAAGAGCACUCAGACUUCCACUCAUGAUUUCUACCCCACUGUGAUGAUGCCAAGCAAGGACAUGGCAUUCCAACAACCACCUCUUCAGUCGAGUUCUUCCCUAGUGGUGACAGAUGGGGAGGUGCUAGACUUGUCCGUCAAGGCCCCUCAGUCUCAACCACUGCAUACUUGCAGUUCACAGGAGAUCCAGGCUUUUCAGCAAGACAGUGUACUUGAUCUAUCUGUAUCCAGUGAUAGGAAGACAUGCAUCCAGUCAUGUAGUGUCUAUGGGCCACCACCACCUGACCGAGAGAGAGCCUGUAUCUCUGGAGAGGAUGUCUGUAAUGGAGCGUUGGCUCUGGGGGUCUUACGACCAGUAGAUUGUACUCCCAAACUGGACUCCAAACUGCUCAGUGGUUUAGCGUCUCUGGAGUUUAGUCGGCAGCACAAGUGGGUGGUGGACAGUGGCAGCAGUGGUUCAGUCACCAGUUCAGUACACAAUGCUGCUCUUGGAAAUAGUGGCAACAUUGAAAUUGUUAGCACUUCACAGACAGCCAAGGUCAUUGUAUCUGUGAAGGAUGCUAUGCCUGCAAUCUUUUGUGGCAAGCUCAAAGGUCUGUCAGGCGUCUCCACAAAGAAUUUCUCUAUUAAGUGUGACGCCAGUCAAGGGGGUUAUGCUGCCCUGCCUAGAUCCCAAGGAGAGCAGCGAGGAGACCCCAGUGACGCACUUAAAAAAAUCCCCAAAAACCGAGCGAUUAAACUGAAGAAGGUCAGCUCCCAGGAGAUCCACAUUCUACCUUUAAAGAAGCAGCGUCUGGCUGCCUUUCUGCCCAGGAAAUAGCGAGGACUCUGGUGUUGAUGGUGUUAGCUAGGGGAUGCCUGUGGGAUGGAGACAGAUGGAAUGAAAUACAGUGCAUACAAAAGCUUGAAGGAAGGAAGGAGGACAUAGAGAUCGAGAAACUGGGAGAGAGGGAGAGCAAGGAAGGAAUUAGGGUUUGUUGAUGCUAAAGGCAUUCCUGGCAGAAACAAGACUUAGACACUCUAAACUGUCCAGAAAUAUUUAGGGCAAUGCUGGCUGCCUCGGGUUUGCCUGGUCGGCAUUUGAUCCAUUCAUUAUAAAGCGAUCAGAGAGAUUGUUUAAGUGGCUGAGUCCACAAGAAAUAGAAUAUACAAGGAGCUGAAAAUGAAAGACUGCAACACUACUGAACAAAUCCCUCACAUUUCCACAUUUAAUUUCCCCCAGAACUGCUCCUCUGCUAUGCAUUUUGAUUUCGGUCACACGUCUCCAUGAAUUAUUCAUGACUUCUCUAAUCUAAAUGUCCAUUAAUAUGCAUAAGCCCAGUUCAGAGAUUGUGCCAGCUGCCAGAAUGAAAUCAGUCCUGUAUUCCUCAUACAAACACGAUGUGAUGAAUUUAAAUUCGUCUCCGUCUGUUUGGCUCAUACCAAAUGCUGUUUGCUGUAAGUUCUUGUGCAGGACUUUCCCCAGGUUUUGUUUCCAAAAUGAACUUUGUGUGAACAGAUUUGUAGUGUUUGCUUGGGGUAGUGUGUGACCUCCGUGCUUUGCCCCGUUAACCGGUAAUCGCUGUAUUAAUCAGUGGAUCAGCUAAGCGGAACAUCCACUUUCAAGGGUGGGGGGGUGGUGGGGGAUUGGGGGGUGGUAGGGCUAGCAGUUAGCACAGCGGGCUAAUAAUAACUUGCCAAACCAAAAGGUCUCUGUUUCAUUAACUUUGAUGAUCGGCAGAAACGGUUGUCAGUGGCAACAACGCAUAAUUUUCAUCCUUCUUUCCGGGGGGAGGGUGAGCGGGAGGGAAAACCACCCUGCCCACCUAUCUCAGUUAGAACGAAAUAAUCACCAGAGGCUUGCGUAUAGUGCAGUUAAUGCAAUUUAAAGGAGUUAUUAAUGAUCUUUCUGUGGGUUUUGCUUUUUAAUUAUUUUUUUUGAGAGAUAGAUUUUAUGAGCCCUCUGAACUGCAGACCUGCAUUCAUAAUUUCAGGCUUAACUGGUAUUAUCUACUAGUGUUUGUUAUUGCAACAUGUCCACUUCUAAAAUUGGGUGAGGUAGUUAUUGCACCACUAGCUUUUAGUUUUGCUAUACUAAACCCCUAUAAAAUAACAACCAAUAAAUCAAGUUGUUUGUGUUUCAUAUUGCGCUCCCCCCACUUUCCCUGCACAAGCUUUCUGCAUCCGGCAUUGUGUGUGUGUGUGUGUGUGUGUGCGGAACAACUUGAAGCUACUCUCCCACAGAUUAGUGAUUGAAAGAGGACAAUUAAAUUAGAUCCCCCCCUCAGGUCUCAUUUAGAUUGGUCUAUCAAUGUCAGUUAUGUUUUUGUUUCGUUUUGUUAUUUUUCUCAUAAACAAUGAUGUUCUUACUAUAUUGCUCAUGUUUGUGAUUCUGUUAUCAGUUCAGUCCCUUGUCUAGUCCUCUGGUUUUAUGCGAUUACAUUAGGGGUGUAACGAAAUUACCAUAUCUAAUCCAAUCUGUUUAGCGCUCCAAAUAUAUGUAUUAGAUAGCUCCCCCCCUCCAGAGUUGGUGUGUCUGACUCUGACUGUUCCUUGACCUCAGCUACAUUACUCCAUUUCAUUAUUGGUCUGACUAUCCUAAACAGGUAGACACAUCACACAGCAUCGCACGGUCCUGUUAACAAACAUGGCCUUUCUAGCAAGCGUUUAGAACACAUUAUCUGUUCAGUUCAAACAAUGUAUUCAAAUCCGUAAUUUACAUAUGCAUAUGACCCGGGUAUCAGUACUUUUAUUGGAAUUGUGUGUGUGUGUGUGUGUGGUGAUGAGGGCUUUGCUGCUCUGAAAUUCACUGUGUUAAUUCACCCUUAGUGGCUAAUCUACAGAACAUUCACCUCAUGUGUGUUUCCCAGUCCACACUGCACCGCACAACUGAGUGUUUUUAUUUCCUGCUCCAACACACACCUUUAACCUCUCAAAGGGCUUGAUUAUGAGACGAUGUGUUGAGUCAGGUGUGCGAGAUCAGGGAAACCUUAAACUAAAGGAGCAGAAUUGGGAAACCCUGCCUUAAUAUAAGCAUGUUUAUAAAACAUUAUUGUGGCGAAGGCAUGAAGGAUAUAAGAAUGGAGCAGUCAGAAAUGAGAUGAAGGAAAAAUCACCCUCAAAAAAAAGAGGGGGGGGGGGGGGGAUAAAAAUCCCACAAAACAGUAUCAAUGAAGUGUCUCUUUUCCACUACGCUGUGGUAGCUUAAAAGGCUUAGCAGACCUUUUGGUCUGUGCCGCUCAGAUUCUCACACACAACACUAAUUUAGUCAAAGCCACAGAAACGCCCAAUGAGCCGAAAAACUACCAACUAGACAUGACAUCAAAAAGCUGACUUUGAAGCUCAGCAAAGCCAUUUUCUCAAACUCGACUCACAAUCUGUAAUUCAGUAUUGUAAAUGAACGGCUCUCUUUACGUAAAGUUAUACGUCAGUUUCUUGAACGCAGCACGAGGUAAUUAUGCCUCGUAGUUUUUUUAUUCCCGCACAGCGAAGGGGAGGAUCACUCGACCAGCAUGCCUCCGGGCGUGUUUAGAGUGCCAGAAUGUGUUUAUUCAUAAAGCAGCUCAGAGCCGAAUCGCUUAUCCACGGCCUGCUUUUACGACGCGUAUAUGGAAGGAAUCCGGAAAAGGAAUCAAAAGAUUAUAAUAAAGAUGUUUAUUAUAAUGUCGAUCUGAAAUAUAAUGUUCUCUCCUCUGCAAAUAUGACUUCAUUUAAAGACUAAUCCUAGCACAAAAAUUAGCUGAAAAUUGCCAGUAGAGACAUUAAAACAAUUAUUUAACAGUUAUGUGAUUCCUUGUCUGAUCAGACACAGUGAUUUUAUAUAUGUAUGUAUCAUAUAAAAAUACGCAUCUUUUUGGAGUUUAUCAAAUUGAAUUUCUGCCAAAACUCAUCAGCAUUAAGUAGCUGUAGAUCCGUAACGUGUUAGCAGUGCGCACCGACGUUGUCGUUUUCGGAGAGAAACACACAACCAUUGCACAAAUACUGAAACGUGUGUGUGUGUGUGUGUGAGUGAGAGGGGGAAAACCUGACUUUAUGAUGUGAACCAAUUCACACACUCGUCCUUGCUACUCAAAAGUCUGAAUCUGUACACGACACUUUGUGGGAGUUGAUAUUCUGGGAGUAUUCUGUGGGAGUUUUUUUUAUUUUAUUUUAUUUUUUAAAACAUGUUUUGUAAAUAAUGGAGCAAUGUGUUAAGGACUAAAUGAAAAAUAGUAAUAAAAAAGAGAAGAUGGCCAUGUUUUUAAAUUAUUUAUUUAUUCUUAUUUGUAUCAUUUAAAAUGUGGAAAAAAUGUGUACGUGAAGAGUGCAUUACUUUUAAAAAUGCAACAUUAAAAAUGUCUUUUCACAUCUGAACAAGUGUUUCGAGCUUCUUUUGCAUCUCCUAGACAUUAGGGG